UAGCAUAGUGCAGUGUUACACUGUGGUUGUGCUACAUCUAGUCAUGGUCUCAAAUGUCGCAUUGCAUCUAUGUUAUAUAUUGUUACCAAAUUGUUUAAUUCUUAGGUUUAUGCCUUCAGUAAAUGAUGUACCUAGGGAAGUGAAGCCAAUAACUUUAUUUGCUCACUAUUCAAACAGCGUGAACACCACAACUGGAACACCGGUGGAAAGGAUGAUGCUUUCAGGAUUGCACACUGUGACAGAUAUCUUUUGUUGUUGCUGUGGUCAAAUUGUUGGCUGGAAAUAUGAAUCUGCACAUGAGAAGAGUCAGAAGUAUAAGGAAGGGAAGUUUGUUCUUGAAAGAGGAAGGAUUGUUGACGAUGUUGAUUCCUCAACGGAGUUUUAUAUCGAUAGUCAUGUCAGCAUGAGUGAUGGCGAAGAUGCUUAGCAUCUUGAAACCUUGUGGAGUAACUUAUUGGAUCUUGAGAAAAGAUAUUGCUCUUCCUCUAUACAUGAACAAUGAUAAUAACGGCGACCAGAGAAAAUGCUUAGAAUCAAAGAAGUUUUCUUUUAGUUUUUUCCUUUUGUUUAUAUGACAAAAGAGAAAUCUCAAUGGUGUAUAAACAGUGUUGAAGGAAUGAGAUGGAACAGUUUUUUUA